AAAAGUGAACACAAGAACUGACCACUGAAUGACGAUAUAUAAACUCUGUGAGAGGGGGCCGACAAUAGCCACUUUUUUCUCUGCCUUGGCAAAGAAGCCACCAGCAAUGAAACUCCAACCGGCAGCAAUCCUCGUCAUCUUCUGGCUUGGCAUCUUCACUGUGCACACGGUGAAAGGGAGCAUCGUAAGUCAGUCCAUGCACAAAUCCAGUUGUGUAGAGCUGUCUACGCAGAGACUGAACAUCCGAAAUCUUGUCAACUAUGAAAAGCAAGAAUUUCCAACAAAGGCCAUCAUGUUUAUUGACACAAGAGGUAUCAAGACCUGCGUAAGCCCUAAUCAGAAAUGGGUACAGCUUGCUAUAAAGAAAAUAGACCAGAAACGUACCACCAAAGGCAAAUCUCUUAGACAAACACGUAAGGCCAACUAAACAGAAUCAUCAUCAGUGCUGCACCUAACAAGGAAGAAAACCUUAGUAUCUGCUUUUAAUUCCUACUUAUUAUUUGGCAAUAAAAUUUAUGAACAAACAUGAACUCACCAGAAUCUGUUCAUCACUAGUUGAACGUCUGCUGAUUUCUUCACUUUAUAGCUGGACUCUGUUUAUUUUCUGAAAGGCUUGAAAUAUUUAUUUACAACUGAAUGUAGAGAUCUCAUCCUUUCUGUCCUGACCAGUACAGUAUUUAAAGGUGAAUGGCAGAUAGUUUAACAUACUGUAGGAAAGAGGAUGACCUCCCACAGAACUGGAUGAGUGUGGACCUCCAUCUCAAUGGAGGUCAGAAUAUUCUGCAUUGAGUACUGGGUUUGAGAAGGUGCUGUAUAAUUUAAUGGUUACUCAUGCCUAUAUAAUCUAUAAGUAAACUAAUCUCAUGCUUCAGGCUAUCACCUCAUCAGUGCAAUAUUCAGAAGAUGAUCCUUAGGCCUUCUAUUUUUAUACACAGUAUUGCAUUAUUAGCUCAGUCCACAAUGAUGUAUGGAUACUCUCACCAAGGGAUGACCUGGAAUAAUUCAGGGUAACUAUGAAUGUAACCCUGUUCAGCCUUGUACCAGGGAAGACUUAUCCUACCUAUUGACUUCUGUGAAGUUACUUCAGUUUCACCCUUAUGUGAGACAAAUCUGAAACAACUGUUUUACUUUUUUCUUUGCUUUUCUCUGAAUGAGAAAGAACAAACCAUGUCUGGAAUCUGUAUUUCACAAACUCAUAGGAACUCCCUGUCCUAAAGAACUAUGUAUAUGUAAAUGUCUUAUAUUUUUAAAAUUGAUAAAUUCUACUAAUGGAAGGUUUUGAAUUUUAAUAAAUUUACUA